UCUGGGAUCAGCGCGUGCGCGAAAGGCGAGCAGUGGCAGCGGGCUCUAUCGCUGCUCUGCGAGAUGUGGGAAGUGAGGUUGGAGCCAGAUGCCAUCAGCUACAACUCUGGGAUCAGCCCUGGGAUCAGCGCGUGUACGAACGGCGAGCAGUGGCAGCGGGCUCUCCCGCUGCUCAGCGAGAUGCGGGAGCCGAAGGUGGAGCCAAGUGUCAUCAGCUACAGCUCUGGGAUCAGCGCAUGCGCGAGAGGCGAGCAGUGGCAGCGGGCUCUCUCACUGCCCAGCGAGAUGUGGGAGGCGAAGGUGGAGCCAGAUGCCAUCAGCUAUAGCUCUGGGAUCAGCGCGUGCGCGAAAGACGAGCAGUGGCAGCGGGCUCUAUCACUGCUCAGCGGGAUGUGGGAAGUGAGAUCGGAGCCGAAUGUCAUCAGCUACAGCUCUGGGAUCAGCCGCAUGCGCGAGAGGCGAGCAGUGGCAGCGGGCUCUCUCACUACCCAGCGAGAUGCGGGAGGCGAAGGUGGAGCCAAGUGACAUCAGCUAUAGCUCUGGGAUCAGCACCUGCGCGACAGA